AUGUUAGAUGCUUCCUUCCAGUUUCAGUUCGAGGAAGAAGCAAUUGAAUGUGUACGUUGGUUACGUGAUGCUGGCUUUCCGCAAUAUGCACGUCUUUAUGAAGAACAUCGUUUUCCAAUUGAUAUUCGUUCGGUAAAACGAGAUCACGAAUUUUUGGACGACAAUUCACUACAUGCGCUAUUCCGCCGCCUUAAUGCGCUUAAUCGAUGUGCUAUUAUGAAAGUUGAAAACGUGCCUGAACGAUUUGAUAUUAAUCCAUUGGAAACGGAUAUUGAUGACGAUAUGGCAGUUAGCAAUUAUGACGAUGAUGAUGAUCAGGUAGCUAUUUCAAAUAAAUGGAAGUAUCAACGUAAUUCGCAAACCUGGUCUAGAAUUGUACGAGAUGAUGAUAUCGCUGAUACAUUCAAUGUACUUGUAAAUGCACAUGGUACUUGUGGUGCUCGUGAAUCCAUAGGUGCUUAUGAAUCCAUAUGUGCUCGUGAAUCCAUAAUACUCCUGAAUGCAUGUGGUAGCAGCAAUAUUUGGCCAUCAUCUCACAAGGAAGAAAUUUCUAGUGCUGAGCUUGACGAAGCAUUACAAAUGUCAUUCGGUUGUGGACAUAAUCCUAGAAGACAACCGAGUAGUAUCGCACGUUCCAACGAUGAUAUAUAUAACAUUAAAAAUCAACGUAGUAUUACUAACAAUUUGAUUACUGCUAGAAAUGAUCGAAAGUGUCCCGCAAUUGAUUCAUCAUCAUCAUCAUCAAAAACAGUAGCUGUAGUAAAUUUACAACGAUCUCAAAGUGAACGAUUAAAGGAACGUGCACGAGCACUAAUGAAACGUAUGGAUAUACGAUCAUCCAGCAGACGUCGACGACAACGUGAUUCCUCGGUAGCUGAUUCAACGGUCAAUGUUCCGCAUUCAUCUCCCUCGUUAGCUGCAACAUCAUCAUCAUUAUCAAAAACUGUUUCAAAUGCGAGUGGUGGUGGUGGUAGAGAUUUAGUAAUUGGUGAUCCGGUGCUUGUUUCGCAUUUUUCGGCCAGUCCACGAACUAUGCAUAUGUUCCCGGAUGGUUUAUCCAAUAUUCUAUCAUCACAAGUUGUUACACCACAAAUGUUGAAUCAAUUUCAUCGUGAUACUACCUCUUCAACAACCGACAAUCAUACACCUGAUGGAGUAACGUUUGCCGUAUUACAACCAACAAUGCGACAACAACAACAACAUCAUCACCACCACCAUCACCAACAACAACAACAACAACAAAAGCAACAACAACAAAAGCAACAACAACAACAACAGAUGCAGCAACAACAACAACAGCAUCAGGAGCAGCAGCAAAUGAUAUUUGAUUGUGGAGGAGCAUCUGCACAAUAUAAAAACUCAUCCUCACCAUCCUCUCGAAUUCGGACACGUUUUUUGGGUGCCAGUAAUCGACGUAUGGGUAUAGUACUUGAUUCAUCCGGAUCAUCAGCUAUUAUCAGCAAUCAUCCACGUAAUGAACCGUUAUGUUGCAACAAAACGCAGGAUAUAUUUUGUGAUCCAGCAUUAAAAUGUGGAUUAUCACGUCACGAUCGUAAUACACGAAUUUAUGAUCGAGUAGCGCAAGAUUUAUGCUCUGAGAACACUGAAUAUGCUAAUCCAAGACAUGGACCGGUUGAUUUAGACGCAAUAACACCAUAUUAUGAUAGACGUUCCGGAAUGAUGCGUAAUGAGAAACCGUCAUCAUCUCAGCAUUGCUACGGCAAUAAUACAACCUUCUCUCCAUUAAUAAGAAGCGGUCUGCAGUUUUCGGGUGAUGUUCUUUCGGACAGUUCACUAAAUUAUAGUGAAUUAAGAGGUCUUCCGAGAACGAAUAUUGAAUGUAGUCGUGAUCGUGAUCGAAGUCUAACAACUGAGCAAUCAUCUGUUCGUUCAAGGCUGGUGGUAAAUGCAGAUGGUUACUAUGAACAUAUCCCUUCUGAUGAUAUUCGCGAUACUUCACUUGAACUGUCAGCAUUCUCGUCCAAUCUUGAUGAUUCAGUUACUGGUAGUGCUAUUGGAGCGGGUACCUCGGGAAUGACAGUACCUGCAUGUCAUCGUGCUAUAUCACCAGAAUCAUCAUCUUCCAAUACAAGUAUAACUAAUCAUGCCAAUCGCUUAAAGACGGAAAUUGAUUGCCGAAGUGGAAAAAGACUUGGUUGUGGCAAUAGUCCGUUAUCAUUCAGCGCAGUUAGAGGUAUGUCAGCGCAGAGAUCACAUUCCAGUUUGGAAAGUAGCGGAAAUGAUGAUGAAUUGGUUACGCAGCAACAUAGGUUAGGUACUGCUGAACGACGUGAUUCAGGUGUUGGUUCAAGUCUUUCGCGAUCACCAAGUGGACCAACAACACAACGACAACGGAAUUCGUUACUUUUUACAACAUUGCAUCAUCGAGAAAUGAAAUCAAAACAUCUGUCACCAAGUUUAUUGAAUGCUUUUCGCACUGACUGCAAUGAAACAUUCAUUAGUGAUGCUAAUUUAACGCAAUGUAUGGAUGCGUUAAGUGUCGGUGAAAUGCAACAAAUACGAAAAUUGGCAUUCCUUAAGCUAUCAGUGAUGAUUGAAACAUAUGCUGGAAGUAGUAUUAGAAUUGGUGUUGUUACGGAUAGUAAUGGUAAUGGUAGAGUAAGCAAAAGUUGGGCGGUACAUAGAUUUAUCAGACGAAUGCGCAACAAUGAUAAUAUUAAUAGCAACAAUAAACCUACCGGAAGUGAACUUUCAACUUUUGGCUUACCGUUAGCUAUCAUUCAAAGUCGUUCUGGUUUUGCAUUACCUCGAUUUGUCUUGGAAAUGAUGCAUUUUUUACGUAUCGCAGCUCCAGAUACUGUUGGAAUAUUUCGGAAAAGUGGUGUUCGUUCACGAAUUGCUGAAUUACGAAUGCUUUGUGACGUUGCACCAGAAGCGGAAGUUUUUACAGAUGGGAAAUUUGAUUUAACCCAGGUUCACGAUAUAGCUGAUCUUUUAAAGCAAUAUUUUCGUGAAUUGCCAGAACCUUUGAUGACUGCAAAAUAUUCCGAAACUUUCGCUGAAAUUUUCAUACAUAUUCCAAUGGAAAUGCGUAUGGAAGCUCUUCAACAUGCCGUUUUAUUGUUACCAGAUGAACAUCGUGAAGCUCUACAAACUUUACUUUAUUUCCUUCAUGAUAUCGCUAAACAUUCUGCAACUAAUAGUAUGACACCACAAAAUCUUGCUGUAUGCUUUGCGCCAUCAUUAUUUCACUUAUGUGGUUCACGCUUAAAUAAUAUCAGUCCAACAAGACGUCAUAAAACAAUUGGAGCAGCAGGAUUGCCAACAGAACAUGAAAUUAAGGAAUCACGUGCUACGCAAGAAUGCCUGGUGCAAAUGAUCGAGCAUUGUACUAAAAUAUUCAUUGUUCCUACCAGUCCAGGAUUCAAGCGUGAUAAAGGUAGCGAGUACUGUAAAGGUACCGAAUCGGAUGCACCAUUUCUUACCGAAUUGGGUUUAUCCCAAGAUGGAAAUUACAAGACUUACCUGUUACAGAAAGCAAGAGAGCUAUUAAAAGAACAUCGAGAUCGAUGGAAAGGUUGGAUUGUUGAGGGUACAGUGAAUGGUGUUGAAAUUUCAACCAAAAAAUCAACUGAUGGUCAUCCGUUACGAUUCUUUCGUGUUUGGGUUGAUAUUGAAGCACCACCUAAAGAGAUUCUUACUAAAAUUGUUCGAGAAAGAAGUGUUUGGGAUGUUCAAAUUAUCAAUUGGAGAACAGUGGCAAUAUUGAAUGCGGAAAAUUGUGAUGUUUUCCAAUAUGUUAUCAAUGAUACGCCAUCACAUCCAACUCGUGAUGUUACGGUAGUUAGAUUAUGGCGGACAGAUAUGAAAGAAUUACGUGGUGGUUGUGUUCUGGUAGAACGUUCAGUACAUUCCAGUGAAACGCAGAUGUUAGGUGGUAUUUCUGCUGCUGUACUUUCAUCACAAUUUCUCGUUGAACCAAUUGCUGGUCGUUCACGUGUUACAUAUAUCACAAGGAAUGAUUUGAGAGGACGAAGUAAUGUUUGGUAUAGUAAAGUAUAUGGACAGCUUAUUGCACGACAACUUUCACGAUUACGUGAUUCAUUUAAACAAUUUACAUUUGUUGAUAAUGGUCCUGAAACGAAAGUUUGA